GACUCUAACCCAACCUGACCUAACAUAGACCCACCUGAUAUGGCGAUUUUUCCUCUCGUCGUCGCAUCGAAGGUUCACGAUACUCUGUGAAGGUAGCGAUUGUGGAACAGCUGUUCAUUGCCUGCUGGCCGUCUUCGGCUACCUGCCGCCGCGAUUGACGUAAUUUCGCGAGAUUUUUCGAGAGCGACGAGAAAAUGACGGAUGCAUCAGAUUUGCCGGGUGCUUCUACUAGUCAGAGAGCAACGUCGAGGCUCCUACGACAGCGUGCUCAAGAAUUCCUCACCUCGCGCAAGCACGCAAACAAUCUCGUGGACAUAAUCGGACAGUGGGACGAAUCUACGUAUUCAUGUCUGCUCACAACGGAAAUGAUAUUCAUGGAAGUAUUAAGACGCGGCGAUAUGUUAUGUCUUGAACGUAUGAUAGCUCUUACUACCUCGGACGCUAGCCCUGAAUCUCGCUAUAUCAUGUGGUUGAAAAAUUGCUAUGAGGAAGUUUGGAAGAAGAUAUUAGCGUCUAUGGAUACGUGCCGAUCAGCCAUACAAUUACAAGCCCUCACCACCGCGAUAAAGUUGAUGGCGGAAGAGGGUAAAGCACCAUUGGAACCUCGCAACAAUCUCGGCUAUCACUUUCCUCUGCAUCGUCUGAAACCUAUCCUCAUGAUGUUACUCUCAACAGAAAAGGACAAUACUAAUUUAAUAUCAAGAUUCCAAGAGAUCGCCGAAUACUCUGACGCUUUAUAUUAUACGUGGAAAUGUCUUCCCUCUCUUACUCCAAAGAGACAACCUCCAGAAGUUCAGAUUAAGAAUUUCUUGGAACUUAUAGAUAAGAUACCACUGCCAAAAGAAGGAGAAGAAUCCAAAAUAUCAGACAAUAAAGGAUUCUUGUGCGGACCGCAAGCAGGUACUGCAUUCACAUGGGAUCAAUCGGCUGUUAAGGGUGCGCUGAACAAAGUAUGGGCCUGUGUUAUGCACUGGGAAUUAACACCGCAGUUACAUAAACAGCUGUUAAUAGUUUUAUUGGAACGGGUCAUGCCGCAUUUAGAGAAACCAGUGCUAUUGACCGACUUCCUCAUGGAUUCUCUAGACGUGGACGGUCCGGUCGGUGUGCUCGCGUUACAGGGUGUAUUCACAUUAGUGACCAAGCACAAUCUAGAGUAUCCGAAUAUCUUCACCAAGUUGUAUUCAAUGUUCGAGCCCGAGAUCUUUCACACGAAGUACAAGGCUCGUCUAUUCUACUUGUCCGACCUGUUUCUUAGUUCGACACAUCUACCAGAGGCAUUAGUAGCGGCAUUCGCGAAACGACUCGCACGUCUAACGCUGGUCGCUCCGCCGGAGGACAUUCUAAUAAUCGUGUUCUUCGUGGGCAAUCUGUUGCUGCGACAUCCAGGAUUGAAAAGGUUGAUCGAUCAUCCACAGGGCGGCGAAAUCCCGUCAGACCUUAGCAGCGGCGCGGGUGACCCAUUCCUCAUGGAAGAGCGCGAUCCAUUGCUGAGUAACGCGUUACUCAGCAGCCUCUGGGAGAUCAGGGCGCUGCAGUGGCACAUCUUACCCAGUAUCGCCAGCGCCGCACGUUUCAUCCGCGAGCCACUGCCCUCCGUCGAGUACGACAUGGCCUCGGCGUUGGAGCAUACCGGUGAUCAUCUCUUCGAUCGCGAAUUAAGGAACAAGGUGAAAGACAUCAUGCUGACAUUCGAGAGACCAAGCUCUAUGGCGUUACCAAAAGGAGAGAGAUUAUUGCAAUAUUGGCAGCUCACGAGCACACAUUAAUCCUGCAGUAAGAGUGCAAUAUAGCAGCAUGAGACAGAAAGAAAUAGAGAUUUAUUGAGAGAAAUAAAUAUUGAUUUAUUUUAAGUACGGAUUAUACGUAGAUGCAUAACGUUUACAUAAACAGCGAAACAGCGUUAUUUUCUGUCCUAUGUUUUAUAUAAUUUUAUUAAAGAUUGAGUGUUUGUUGAACGUUUUUUUGAGCACAGUAGAAUAAAAAUUUUAUCAUUUCUGUAUUUUGACAGUAUUAAAAUAGAAAGGAAACGUAGGUCUGUUCUUGUGUAAGUGCUACGUUGAAGUCGGAUAAUUGUCUCAUAAUACAAGAUCGUUGUAUAGUCAUUGAUAAUUCGUGAAAGGAAUCUUUAUUUGCACAAUUUGAGAAAUAAAUAUUCGAAUACAACUCUAAUCGAGUCUGUCGAUAUAAAAUAAACGAAACAUUUUGUUUUUUUUAUUUUUGACAUAUUAAACGUUUUACGAUUACAAAGCAGCAUUGAGAUAUUUUUAUUCCAUUAAUUAUUUAUGGAUGUAUAAUGAAGAAAACGCUCGUUUUCGAUAUUUGUAGUAAUAUCGAAAUAUUUUUUUAAACCGAGAUCCGCGAGUUAAAGCUGCAGUCGAAAAGAUUAAUACGUUAACACAUUAUUCGCCGUACGCAAAUGAAUUUAUGUGAUCACGCAUUAAUUUUACGAUAUACGCAAAUUAAUUCCAUGCAUUCUUUUAAUUGAAUAAUUUUAACUAAAAUUAAAUGAUUCUAGCUAAAAAAAAAAAAAACAUAAUAGCAAUGCAUUGAACGCAGCGGAAAGGCUGAUUUUAUUGAUUUUUUUCUACAUUAUGAAACAGUCAAUAAAUAAAAUCGCCUGAAAUUAAUAAACGUUUAUUCGCUUUAUAGAUAUGAAAUUCGCAAAAUCUGUAAAUAUGCAGCAUCACCAGUUACCAGUAUACUUUUUUCAAAGUGUAACUACUUAUUUGUACGCGCAUAAAUAAGAGUCUAUUAAAUUGAAGGAUAUAAUUUAACAGAUAAUUCUGAUUUAUUUGUAUAUACCACAGUGUUGCCGAUAUGUACAAAGCUUCAUGAAGCUUAACAAUCGUGAUGAAUAUAUCUCUCUGUCUUUCUCUAUUUCUAUCUAUCUAUGUAUAUAUAUAUACUGUUUUUAUCAUUAAUAUCCUUUGAUAUGUAUCAACAAAGCAUUUUGUAUAUUUGCGCCUCACUUUUAUGUACAUCAGUAAACGAUAAAUUAUUUCGAUAA